AUGCCCCGUGCCUUCCUGGUCAGAAGUCGGCGUCCACAGCCACCCAACUGGGGACACCUGCCUGACCAACUCCGGGGAGAUGCCUAUGUCCCAGGUGACCUCCUCACUGGGCUUGGGGUGGUGAGGAACAGGGGUUUUACAAAUCAUCACAGUCUGGCUUUCUCUUCAGACUGCAGCAGCCCACGAGGACCAUGGGCACACCAGUCUUCCGGCCUUGGAGACUCCUGGACAGCACAGCCCACAGAGGGCACUAAGGCUAUGGCUCUCAGAGACCCCAGGGCACUUGGGUGCCCUCUCUGUCCCAAGGCUUUUCCACUGCAGCGCAUGUUAACCAGGCACCUCAAGGGUCACAGCCCAGCACGCCGUCACGUGUGCCACUACUGCCACAAGGGCUUCCAUGACGCCUUUGAUCUCAAGCGCCACAUGAGGACACAUACAGGGAUCCGUCCAUUCCGCUGUGGAUCGUGUGGCAAAGCGUUCAUACAGCGCUGCUCACUGGAGGCACAUCUUGCCAAGGUGCAUGGACAGACUGCCAGCUACGCUUACCGUGAGCGCCGGGAGAAGCUGCAUGUGUGUGAAGACUGUGGCUUCACCAGCUCAAGACCUGAUGCCUAUGCCCAGCACUGCUCCUUGCACCGCAGGGCUUGA